GUUCAGUUAAAACCCAUACACACCAGGGAAACCAUUCAGUUUCCUUCCUGGAUUACAGCUGUGAACAGACCCCAGACCUUCCUCUCUCUCUCUCUCUCUCUCCAUUCCUCUCUUCACAGAUCCUCUAACCCUCUCUCUGCAUUUCUCCACUCCUCUCUCCACUCGCUGGUCUCCUUGGUGAUCCCCGCUCCACUCUUCCUCUCCAUUCCUCUCCUCCUCGUCCUCCUGUGUGGUAGGGGCGAUGUGCUCUACGGGUUUUGUGCGGUCGCUGGGCUUUGCCCUCCUGCCCCUGGCGGUGUGCUGUAUUGUGGCUAACGUUCUGCUGUUCUUCCCUGGAGGAACGACCCAAUACUUGCAAGAGGGGAAACUGUCCAGGCUGGUCUGGUUCAUGAUGGGCAUCGGAGGGGGAGGCGCAUUGAUGUUCCUGCCUGCUGGUGUGUUCAUCAGCCUCGGGAAAUGUACAGGCUGCUGUUGGAAUGAAAGCGUCGUGAUGUGUGGAUCAGUCACGGCAGCGUUAGUUGGGUUGGCCGGGUCGGGGUACUGUUUUGUCAUCUCUGCCAUGGCCAUGUUGGAGGGACCUCAGUGUGACACCGGUCUGGGAUGGUCCUAUCCCUUCGCCAACGAGGGAGGCAGGUACCUGUUUGAGCAGGAGACGUGGUCUAACUGUUCAUAUCCCGUCAGCAUUGUGGAGUGGAACGUGACUCUGCUGUCCAUCCUGCUGGGUCUCAGUGGGUUGGAGUUUAUCAUCUGUUUCCUACAGGUCAUCAAUGGACUGGUGACAGCCGUCUGCAGACCCUGCUGCUACAAACAGGACUAUACCCUCAACGCCUGAACACACACACACAAAUGUGACACACACACACACACACAAAUGUGACACACACACACAAAUGUGACACACACACACACACACAAAUGUGACACACACACACACAAAUGUGACACACACAAAUGUGACACACACACACACAAAUGUGACACACACACACACACACACACACACGUGUACAUGAUACAUACACAUGUAUGCAUAUAACAUAAGAUCCAGUGGCAUACCCAUGAAAUGACACAUAAAACAGGAGAGUGUACAUUACCAGCCGGGGGAACAUUGCUUUCCUAGACACUCGUUGUUAUCUCCUUAUUGGUUUCUAAUCAGGAAGUGUGAUUUUUUUUUUCAAGCGAAUGCUGCCUCAUCUCUGUAUGAGGGAGAGAUACCUGUUUGAAUGUUCAGUUAAUUUAUGGUAUUCAUUACAAAACACUGUAUUAUAAAAACACCGGAUGAAAGUUUGUAGACCGCAACAAUAGCCAUUUGUUGUCUGUAUUUUUAAAUAUUAUGUUUAACACACUGGGCACAGACGUCAGUUCAACAUCUAGUUUUGAUUUACAUUUGGUUGAGUUGUCAACUAAAGGUGAAUUUGACAUGAAAUCAACAAAAAGUCAAAUAAUAAACACUAUUAAAAAAUUAACAAAAAUGGAGUGUUUCCCUGUCAAACAGUUUUGUUAUAUUUUAGUCUUCUGUGAUAUAUCUAAAGUGUAGUAUUGGGAUGCAAACUCAAAAUGUAAUACAUUUAAACUCUAUAUCUGACAUGGUACAGGUGUCGUCUUAAACCCAUAACCAUGUGUUUGAGGUGUAUACUUUUGUUUCAAAGUAGAUUUGUUGAAGACUACCCAGAAACACCAACCUUGUGACCUUGAUUUAGCCCACUGCAGUAAAAUGUUUUAAGUUUGGUGGAUAAAAAUAUUUUUUUGAGCAAAUCCAAAGCAGUUUUUCACAUUGAUUUUUUGUUGUUGAAAUGAUGUCGAUGUAGGAGAGUUGUCUUUUGUAUUAAUGUUUUCAUUUGAAGUGUAUUGUAAAUGAUUGUCUCACAGAUUCUAGAUGUUAAGAUAAAUCAAUUUGAUAUAUUUAGUGCAUUUUGUAAUAUUUUUAUAACGUUUGUGCUGCCUUAAAUAAAAGUAUUUUCUAUUUCAA